AUGAAAAGAAAGAUAUCCGCAAGCCAUCCACCCCCAACCACAGUUGCCUCGCAGACGUACAGCGACACAGUACAAAUUAAUCUGAAUUCUCAUUUGCAUACACCAUGGGCCUUGCUCCACCCGACAAAAGAAAUUUUCACCGCUACAGUUGAGACUGCGAAACGAUUCCUGGAUGCUUUAGCUGUCUCCGUCAGCGAUUCCCAGUCAGCUAGACUGCAAAGCAACAGAAAGCGUAAAAGAUCUGAGAUUGAACCACACGAUACCGGUCGGAUUUUGCAGAUUAAAGAGUUAUAUGUUGACGGCUUCACAUCAGGUCAAAUUUGGGAACAGGCAACAAGAAUUCUUGACUCAGCUGCGUGUGAGGUUGGGCGGGACUCCACCAUAAGCUCGUACGGAGGGCGUCUUCCCUCAAAAAAACAGGCGCGACAUACGUCCUUCGGUAACGCAAAUUUCUGGGAUUAUAGUUCAGAGCACAGUGACUCCGAAACCUCUGCGGAGAGUUCUUCGAACCAGGAGAAAUUCGACAGUGGUUAUGAAGUUGGUGUGGAAUUCGAUGAUUCUCAAUCCCUGCACUCUGCCGACGGGGCAUGGGAAGCCCGAAGUGCCGAUGAUGAUUCCAUGGACGGUGAUGCCGAUUCCAAAUCUUCAGAAGAAAAUCAAGCCGAUGUCUACAGACAGGACCCUUUUGGAUUGAAUGACGGCUUCUUCUCCAUCGACGAUUUUAAUAAGCAGUCUGAAUUCUUUGAGAGGCAAGACGCCAAAGGCGGGAUCGACGACGACGAUGACGAGAGCGAUGAGGAAAUUAAUUGGCAUGCAGAUCCUCUAUUUCCUGCGAAGACAAUGUCGGCAAUUUCACUCAAAGCUGAGGAGAAUAGUGAAAUGAGCGAUGAAGAAGGGCCGAUAUUUGGCAACGUCGAUCCCAAAAAUAACUCAGAUUCAGAAGAUGAUGGACAUGUUGGUGAGGAUUCCACAGGCUGGACUAACACCAACGACAUCAAAUACUCUGAUUUCUUCGCCCCGCCUCCGAGAAAAGCCUCAGAUAGGAAGUUACGCCCGCUCCCGAAGACGCAACCAGACGAAACCACUAUUGAAAAUGAUAUAGAGCAUGCGAUUGCUGAUGUCCGUCGUGAUCUCUUCGAAGACAAUAAUUCGACUGAUGCCGAACUUGAUUCUGACGGGGAUCUCGAUAGUGGAGUACAACGUUCAUCUCAUGAGAGACAUCGUGCGCGAAUAGCAGACGAAAUCCGUCGUCUGGAAGCGGCCAACGUUGCAAAAAAGGAAUGGAUGCUUGCUGGUGAAGCCAAAGCUGGAGGAAGGCCGAUGAAUUCCCUGAUCGAAGAAGAUUUGGAAUUCGAAAGGAUUGGAAGACCUGUCUCCGUAGUUACCAAGGAACUCACGGAAGAUAUCGAAAGUCUUAUCAAACGUCGGAUUCUCGCCAAGGAAUUCGAUGAAGUUAUUCGCCGGCAUCCCGGGACUACUUCGGCAGGGGAAAUCCCUAGGAGAGGAAAACUUGAGAUCGAUGAUUCUAAACCACAUAAAAGUCUCUCUGAGCUAUACGAAAUGGACCAUCUUCAUGCGACCGACUCUAACUAUGUUGAUAUGAAGGACUCAAAACUGAAACGUGAACAUGCUGAUAUUUCCGGCCUGUGGAAGGAGAUAAGUUCGCAAUUAGACACACUCUCUAGCUGGCAUUAUAAGCCCAAGAAUCCUCAGGCGAGUAUAAAUGUUGUUGCGGAUGUGGCAACAGUUUUGAUGGAAGAUGCUCGGCCGACUGUUGGCAGUGCUGUCGGAGGUUCAGAAGCUCUUGCGCCGCAGGAGAUUUAUACGCCAGGUGACGAUAGUAGGACUGCUGGAGAGUUAGUGCUUAAGAACGGUAUAUCAGUAUCCAGGGAAGAAAUGACUCGAGAAGAGAAAGCCAGAUGGAGACGCCAGCACAAGGAGGAACUAAGGAAGGCCAACAGGGGAGAUGCCAAGCGGCAAGUGGGCAGAACAGCGGAAAGACAGCAGCUUGUAUCGGACCUGAAGAAAGGCGGUGUUAAAGUUAUCGGCAAGCAGGGCGAAGUCACGGAUGUUUAUGGUGACAAAGUCAACCAGGAAAAUGCAAGGAACGGCGUUGACGCACUGAAGUUGUGA